UCUUUUCUAGUUGGUUUCAUUGCUAACGAAUUCCUGGUCAUCUUGCCUCUGUCCCUGCUGCUGCAACUGCUGUGUCUGCCUCUCGUACACCUGCUGCACUCUGCGCCUAUAAAUACUGUCAAUCUGUCUGAUAAUAAUCUGGCUCUGGAUUUUGUUUGUCUGAUACUGUGAAAAUUGUCAGAAACUGAUUCCAACUCAUCUCAAGCCGCCAACAGCGAUAUAUGAACUGCGAGAAAUAGCACUCCAUUUCGUUCCCGUCAUCUGCCCCUGCCACCAAUAGCUUCUUUCGUCUCGUCGUUGUCGCUGUCUCUGCCUUUGUCGUUUCUGUCCGAUUGUCGUACUCACCUUUACCGUGUUCGACGUAAUUUCCAUCACCGCUUAAAAUGGCCUCUUCCACCUCCACAACUACCCAACCGAAGAAACGCUUGCUGCUCUUCUCGUUCCACUCAUCCUCGUCCUCCGAGUCCAAAGAUAAUGUCGCCGCCGACUCCGUAGCUCCAGACAGCAAGCUGGUAGCUUCCGUUGACGACACGAUCUCUGGCAAACAGGCUGGUUCCGGCUCUUUGGCCGCAGUUCCUGUGCACGGUCACGAACAUGAAGAUCACGUGCACUUCAACCAUGAAUUGCCAGCUGGAUUAGUAGACAAUCCGGAAUGCCAGAUCUUCGAGCGGUCGGUCCAGGAGAGCUGUAUAUUCGAGCCUGUGUUGUUGAACAGACAACACAGCAACUCUAUAGUAUCGAGCACAUCCUCGGCUGGAAAGGGCCCAAGCUCAAGAUCCAGAUCACACACCCACAACUCCAUCACUACAUUUAAACCCGAGGACUACAUUCCUCCUGCGUUGGAUGCUACAACUUCUUUACUCAACGACAAGGAUGCCAAUUUGGAUGACGUCGAGAUGAUCUAUUCGAAUCGUCGGAACUCUUCUGUAAUUGGCUUGAAUAUGGCCUUGGGUAGACCAAUUUCACCAUCUCGGAAAAACUCGGUCUAUUCCAUGCAUAACCAGUCUCACAUGGCGUCCCCCAUGCUUAGUGUUAACACUGAGCCUCUGGCGCACAUCACGCAAAUUCACUCUCCAGUUAGUCCGACCAAGUUGAGCACCUCCAAGUCUUCGUUAAGUUUUUAUAGCUUUGCUGACAUGAUCAAUGCCGACGAGUUUGCCAGAAGACCCUCUUUCAAGUCGUCAUACAGCCAGGGAAUAAUACCUACCAGCAACACGUACAAUUCGGUUCCCCCUACCUUUAAUAGAAACCCUUCAUUUGCCAAGCAUAGAAACCCAUCCACUUCGUCUCAGUUGUCAUCGCAGUUGUCCUCCAAGGAUAAGGUAUUGAAACGUAUAGGCAGCAAGAAAGCUGGUAGUUCGUCGACCGCUAAUAACUUGAACAAAUUCUUGAUUUCGCCUGAGUCGUCGGAUUCCGAAGAUCCAGAGCGCGAUACGGAACAUGACCGUGACUACACCAGCCUGAAGCCAAUCAAGUCCGUUUCCAAGCUGCCUACAACCACGUCGCCCCACAACGGGCCAGUGUCGCAUGUGCCACAGACCGGUGCCAAUAGAAAAUCUGUGAGCUCUGCCAGUUCACUGACCAGUGGGUUUAUACCUCCUCUUGCUUCCACUGCUGUAUUUAAUGAUAACGAAAGUCUAAUCUCCACCUCCAUCGGGGACUGUCUCAGACAGACCACGACGGAAAUUAAUGGCCAAUAAUCGGAGGCUGCACCAUUCUGAUACUUUACUUCGUCCAUGUGACAUGCUCUUUGUAGAAAGAGAUUUUUUUCAGGGUUAUUUCCAGUUGUACCCGUAGAUGUACUAUUUUGUUGUUGCAUGAUUUAUUCACAAAAGAAACCGGAGAAUUACAGUUGCAAAAGGGAGGCUGUUUGUAACGACUAAAAUUGAUACGAUUUUCGUGGCAGAUGCCCCAAAACGUGUGUUUUAUUAACUAUCUUUCUGACAUUAGAUUAUAUAACAAGUGUAUACUAAAACAAAACUAUGUUGAC